UCUCAGGCACAACAGGUACACACUACCACCCUCCUUCUCUCAGGCACAACAGGUACACACUACCACCCUCCUUCUCUCAGGCACAACAGGUACACAUUACCACCCUCCUUCUCUCAGGCACAACAGGUACACACUACCACCCUCCUUCUCUCAGACACAACAGGUACAUAUUACCACCCUCCUUCUCUCAGGCACAGCAGGUACACACUACCACCCUCCUUCUCUCAGGGACAACAGGUACACACUACCACCCUCCUUCUCUCAGACACAACAGGUACACACUACCACCGCACCCUCCUUCUCUCAGACACAACAGGUACACACUACCACCCUCCUUCUCUCAGACACAACAGGUACAUAUUACCACCCUCCUUCUCUCAGGCACAGCAGGUACACACUACCACCCUCCUUCUCACAGGCACAACAGGUAGACAAACUAUACACAUGAUGCCCUCUCACCCUACUCUCCAUGGUUGUUGAUGAUGACUGUGAUGAUCCCAUUACAACUACAUCAUAUAAAUCCUAUUAGAUUGAACACCUUCAUCAGACGACACUGUCUCAGAACCUCUGGAGUGAUGAAGCUACUGGGGCUUGUGUCUGUCUCCUGAGGCUGAAAAAGGAGACCGAGUUAGGAAUUAAACAUGCAACAUCUGUAGGUGAUCAUUCAGUCUGAUGUCCUCUCUGGUGGCCUGGUCAGUCCUAUUCUUAGAUCAUUAUUCUAAAUGAUUCUGGUCAGGACACGGUGUUAUCUAUUUGUCAUGUUGUGAACUGAACUCUACUCCCCCUCCCUCUCUCUCCCUCCCUGCCCCCCUCUUCUCUUCUCUUCUCUCUAGGUGGUGUGUGGUCAGAACUGUACGUUUGUGAUUCAGGCUAACGGGACAGUGUUAGCCUGUGGGGAGGGCAGCUACGGCAGACUGGGACAGGGCAACUCUGAUGAUCUGCAUGUAAUCACCGUCAUCUCAGCAUUGCAAGGUACGCAAUGGGGGACUGCAUCUCAAUAGUCCUCUACUCGUCUCCUUCCUCUACUCGUCUCCUUCCUCUACUUGUCUCCUUCCUCUCCUUGUCUCCUUCCUCUACUUGUCUCCUUCCUCUACUUGUCUCCUUCCUCUACUUGUCUCCUUCCUCUACUUGUCUCCUUCCUCUCCUUGUCUCCUUCCUCUACUUGUCUCCUUCCUCUACUUGUCUCCUUCCUCUACUUGUCUCCUUCCUCUCCUUGUCUCCUUCCUCUCCUUGUCUCCUUCCUCUCAUUUGCACUGAUAAGGAAACAGGGUGAAUGCAGUAGUGGAGGAUUUACUAUGAGUCCAGUGUUUUAAAGGUAUUGAUGGUGAAGAAGAGAUGAGGAGAGGAGGUAAUUACCCUGCUGCAGAGCUGCUUUCUGUUAGGGGACCAGAGCCCCCGCUGCAGAGCUGCUUUCUGUUAGGGGACCAGAGCCCCUGCUGCAGAGCUGCUUUCUGUUAGGGGACCAGAGCCCCUGCUGCAGAGCUGCUUUCUGUUAGGGGACCAGAGCCCCCGCUGCAGAGCUGCUUUCUGUUAGGGGACCAGAGCUCUAACAUAUGUAUUUUGCCUGUGUCUGUCUGUCUGUCUCCCCCCAGGCUUUGUGGUGACCCAGCUGGUGACGUCGUGUGGUAGUGACGGCCACUCCAUGGCGCUGACGGAGAGUGGCGAGGUGUUCAGCUGGGGAGAUGGAGACUACGGGAAGCUGGGACACGGGAACAGUGACCGCCAGAGACGACCGCGACAGAUCGAAGCCCUGCAGGGAGAGGAGGUGGUGCAGGUACGUGGACAAACAGAGGAGUGCUACUUUAAUAGGCCAUAGUCUCCUGUCAUUUAGAGGUGCAACAAUACAGGGUAGUAGGAGAGAGCCUCAGGGCAUCAAGGUUUAAAACAGGGGACGGAAAACCCCCAAAAACCCCACAGGCUCAGGUUUUAAAACAGAGGGAGUUUAAACACCUAUCAGGGGCUAAGGGUUUAAAAACAAAAGGACGUAAAAAAAACCUCCACCUAGGAUUCCCAUUUUAAAAAAAAGGGAAGAAAACCUCCCCCCCGGGGUAGGAAAAAAGAGGACGUUAAAAACCCCCCACCCAGGAUAUCAAGGUUAAAACCCAGAGGACGUUUAAAAUCACCUGGAAUCAAGUUUUAAACAGAGGACGUUAAACACCUCCACCUCAGAUUAAAUUUAAAAGAGGGAUUUUUAAACCCUCCCCCAUUCAAUUUAAAAAAAAGGGCGUUAAACCCACCCCCCCCAAUUUUCGGUUCAGAGGGGUUAAACACCCCCCUAGGAAAAUUUUUUAAAACAGAGGGGUUAAACACCCCCAAACCCAGGAAUCAAAGUUUUAAAAAGGGACUUAAAACCCCCUAGGAUAAAAUUUUUAAAACAGGGGAUUUAAAACACUCCCCCUAGGACCCCAGGGUUUUAAAACAGGGGAGUUUAAACACCUCCACCUGGGGGAUAAAAGGUUAAAAACAGGGGUUACACACCUCCCCCCGGAUAAAAGGUUUUAAAACAGGGGGAUAAAAAACCUCCACCUAGGAUAAAAGGAAAAAAAAACAGGGGAUUAAACCCCUACUCGGGGGUCAAGGAAAAAACGGGGAAAAAUUAACACCUCCCCUAGGAUAAAAGGUUUAAAAAGGGGAUAAACACCUCCACCUAGGUUUAAAAGGUUUUAAACAGGGAGUAAAACCCCCCUGGGGAUAAAAGGUUUUUUAAAAAAGGGGAGAAAAACCCCACCCCCCAAUGAGUCCAGGGGACUAGAAAUAAAAACAAAGGCAAAUGAAGACCAGUUAACAGGGUGCGGUAGUUUAACCAGAAUAAAAAAGUGACGUAGAUCCGACCAGAAUACCAGGUGCAGUAGAUCAACCAAUUACAACAAAGCUGACGAGAUCAACCAGAUAUCAAAAAUUUGACAGUGGAAAAACCAAAUAAACAGAAGGCAGUUGUUUAACCCAAAUCAACAGAAGUACAGUGACAGAAAAAAAAAAACUACAAUAAAAACCAGUUAAAAAGGUGACAAACCCCAUUCAUUUGGAAUAGGGGAAAGGUGGGAAAAACCCAUUUCCCUUCAUCUGCAAAAAAAAAAAAGCCUUGGAGGGUUUCCCAUUCCACAACUUUUCCCUCUUUGAGAGUCCGUGGGGUAAGAAACUCACGGGGGAUCGUGGGAAGUGUUUUCCCUUUGGGAAGGAACAGGGCGGUGGUGGGGAAAACCCUCCAAAAGAAAAAAAAAAGUCACUUCAGGGGGGAUACCGGGUUUGGGACGGUGAGAAAAAAAAGUAACACGGGAGGAUUACCAUUUGGACGGUGAGAUAAACAACAGUCACAUCACUGGAGGGAUACCAGGUUGGACAGGUGAGAUAAACAACAGUCACAUCACUUUACUGGAGGGAUACCAGGUUGGACAGGUGAGAUAAACAAAGUCACAUCACUGGAGGGAUACCAGGUUGGACAGGGGAGAUAAACACUAAUAGGGAGGGAUACCGGUUGGAAAGGUGAGAAAAACAACAUACAUCACUGGAGGAUCCGGGUUGAAGGUGAGAUAAAAAAACAUAACCCACUGGGGGAUCCCGGUGGAAACGGGGGAGAUAAAAAACACACAUCAUGGGGGCCCGGGUUUGGACAGGUGAAAAAACAACGCCCCAAAUCACUGGGGACCCCCGGUUGGAAGUGGGAAAAACAACGUCCUCACUGGAGGGAUACCGGGUUGGCAGGUAGAUAAAACAGUCAAUAAAUGGGGAUCCCGGGGGGGGACGGGAGAUAAACAACUCACUCAGGGGAGGGAUACCGGGUUGGACAGGGGAAUAAAAAACAGUCCACACGGGGGGGAACCCGGGUUUGGACGGGUUGGAGAUAACAACAGUCCAUCACGGAGGGAUCCCGGGUUUGGACGGGGGAGAAAAAACAACAGUCCAAUUACGCAAAAAAAAAAAAACUCUCACUGAAAGUUUUGGGUUUCCCUUUCCCAGGGUAAAUACAUCAAGCACACCUCAAGUAUUGGACCAUUUUUUUGACGUGUAUUGACCAGAACCCCGGUUUUUUUCUGGCCCAGGGGCUUUGGGGGUCUGAAUAA